GCACCCGGAGCUGUGAAGAAGGCGUGAGGAGGCGGCGGGGGGCGACUCGCGGCAGGCCCUAACAAGAGCGGCGGCCGAGCCCGCCUUCCCUGCACCAUGCUCAUAGAGGAUGUGGAUGCCCUCAAGUCCUGGCUGGCCAAGUUACUGGAGCCGAUAUGUGAUGCUGACCCUUCAGCCUUAGCCAACUAUGUUGUAGCACUGGUCAAGAAGGACAAACCUGAGAAAGAAUUGAAAGCCUUUUGUGCCGAUCAACUUGACGUAUUUUUACAAAAAGAAACUUCAGGUUUUGUGGAUAAGCUAUUUGAAAGUCUCUAUACUAAGAACUACCUUCCUCCUUUGGAACCAGUUAAGCCUGAGCCAAAACCACCAGUCCAAGAAAAAGAAGAAAUUAAAGAAGAGGUGUUUCAGGAGCCAGCAGAGGAAGAACGAGAUGGCAGAAAAAAGAAAUACCCUAGUCCCCAGAAGGCUCGUUCAGAAUCUAGUGAACGAAGGACACGGGAGAAGAAAAGAGAAGAUGGCAAGUGGAGAGACUAUGACCGGUACUAUGAGCGGAAUGAACUGUACCGUGAGAAGUAUGACUGGAGAAGAGGCAGGAGUAAGAGCCGGAGUAAGAGCCGAGGCCUGAGUCGAAGUCGGAGUCGAAGCCGGGGGCGCAGCAAAGACCGGGAUCCAAAUAGGAGUGUUGAACAUAGAGAAAGAUCAAAGUUUAAGAGUGAAAGGAAUGACUUGGAGAGCUCCUAUGUGCCUGUGUCUGCACCAGCUCCAAACUCUUCUGAGCAGUAUUCCUCGGGGGCACAGUCUAUUCCCAGCACUGUUACUGUGAUCGCACCUGCGCACCACUCUGAAAACACAACGGAGAGUUGGUCUAAUUACUAUAAUAAUCAUAGCUCUUCCAGUUCUUUUGGUCGAAACCCACCACCAAAGAGGCGAUGCAGAGAUUAUGAUGAAAGAGGAUUUUGUGUACUUGGUGACCUUUGUCAGUUUGAUCAUGGAAAUGAUCCUCUGGUUGUUGAUGAAGUUGCUCUACCAAGCAUGAUUCCUUUCCCUCCACCUCCUCCUGGGCUUCCUCCUCCACCACCUCCUGGAAUGUUAAUGCCUCCAAUGCCAGGCCCUGGCCCAGGCCCUGGCCCUGGCCCAGGCCCAGGCCCAGGCCCUGGCCCUGGCCACAGCAUGAGACUUCCUGUUCCCCAAGGACAUGGCCAGCCUCCACCUUCUGUUGUGCUUCCCAUACCAAGACCACCCAUAACACAGUCAAGCUUGAUCAACAACCGUGACCAGCCUGGGACAAGUGCAGUGCCCAAUCUUGCACCAGUAGGAGCAAGACUACCUCCUCCUUUACCCCAGAACCUCCUUUAUACAGUGUCAGAACGACAGCCCAUGUACUCUCGUGAACAUGGUGCUGCUGCAUCUGAGCGACUUCAGCUGGGGACACCGCCUCCUCUGUUGGCAGCUCGUUUGGUGCCACCUCGAAACCUCAUGGGAUCCUCCAUUGGGUACCAUACCUCAGUCUCCAGCCCCACCCCUCUGGUCCCAGAUACCUAUGAACCUGAUGGUUAUAAUCCAGAAGCUCCUAGUAUUACCAGUUCUGGUAGAUCUCAAUAUAGACAGUUUUUUUCAAGAACGCAGACACAGCGCCCAAACCUGAUUGGCUUAACAUCUGGAGAUAUGGAUGCAAAUCCAAGAGCUGCUAACAUCGUCAUCCAGACUGAACCACCGGUUCCUGUUUCAAUUAAUAGUAAUAUAACCCGAGUAGUUCUUGAACCUGAUAGCCGGAAAAGAGCUAUGAGUGGUUUGGAAGGGCCACUCACAAAGAAACCUUGGUUGGGAAAACAAGGGAAUAACAGUCAGAAUAAACCAGGAUUCUUGAGAAAGAAUCAGUAUACAAACACCAAAUUAGAAGUCAAGAAAAUCCCUCAGGAAUUAAACAACAUCACCAAGCUCAAUGAACACUUCAGCAAAUUUGGAACUAUUGUUAAUAUCCAGGUUGCUUUUAAGGGAGAUCCAGAAGCAGCCCUCAUCCAAUAUCUUACUAAUGAAGAGGCCAGAAAAGCCAUUUCUAGUACGGAAGCAGUUCUAAACAACCGGUUCAUUCGAGUCCUGUGGCACAGGGAAAAUAAUGAGCAACCAGCACUACAGUCUCCAACACAGCUACUCCUGCAACAACAACAAACACUUAGUCAUCUGUCACAGCAGCACCAUCACCUGCCACAGCACCUUCAUCAGCAGCAGGUGCUGGUGGCCCAGUCUCCUCCCUCAUCAGUACAUGGAGGGAUUCAGAAGAUGAUGAGCAAACCGCAGACAUCAGGGGCAUAUGUUCUUAAUAAAGUUCCUGUGAAGCAUCGUCUUGGACAUGCCAGUGGUAACCAGAGUGAUGCAGCACACUUGUUGAAUCAGUCAGGUGCUGCUGGAGAUGAUUGCCAGAUAUUUUCAACUCCAGGCCAUCCAAAAAUGAUUUAUAGCUCCUCAAACUUAAAGACGCCUUCAAAACUUUGUUCAGGAUCAAAAUCUCAUGAUGUCCAAGAAGUUCUUAAAAAGAAGCAGGAAGCAAUGAAGCUACAACAAGAUAUGAGGAAAAAGAGGCAAGAAAUGUUAGAAAAACAAAUAGAAUGCCAAAAGAUGUUAAUAUCCAAGCUAGAAAAAAACAAAAACAUGAAACCAGAAGAGAGAGCAAAUAUAAUGAAGACUUUGAAAGAGCUUGGAGAAAAGAUCUCACAAUUGAAAGAUGAGUUAAAAACAUCUUCUGCAGUCUCCACACCAUCUAAAGUAAAAACAAAAACAGAGGCCCAAAAAGAACUAUUAGAUACUGAACUGGACCUUCACAAGAGACUAUCCUCAGGAGAAGAUACAACAGAGUUACGGAAAAAACUCAAUCAGUUACAGGUUGAGGCUGCACGAUUAGGUAUUUUACCUGUGGGUCGAGGAAAGACCAUGUCCUCUCAAGGUCGAGGGAGAGGCCGAGGCCGUGGAGGGAGAGGAAGGGGUUCACUAAAUCACAUGGUGGUGGACCACCGCCCCAAAGCACUCACAGUUGGGGGCUUCAUGGAGGAGGAGAAAGAUGACUUACUUCAGCAUUUUUCACCUGCAAACCAAGGGUCAAAAUUCAAAGACCGUCGGCUACAAAUAUCAUGGCACAAGGCCAAGGUGCCUUCUGUAUCCACUGAGACUGAGGAAGAAGAAGUCAAGGAGGAGGAAACAGAAACCUCGGAUUUGUUUUUGCAUGAUGACGACGACGAAGACGAAGAUGAAUAUGAGUCUCGUUCAUGGCGAAGAUGAAAUCUGAUGCGACUUGUAUAAUUUUUAGGAAUAUUGUUUA